CGCCCGGGAGGAAGAGUGUGAAGCCUCCACCAGCGGCUCUGGGGAAGCAAACCCAUUGCAACAGGUUGCAGCGAAGGCGAUGCAAUUGCUGCCGCCACAGCAGGGCAGCGCAUGGCUGCAGAGCCACGGUGGGGCUGCUGGGGAGCAAGGCCGCCAGCUUCCUCGAGGCUUGCAAGAAGCAGGUUUUGAAAGAGCAUCCUGCGAGCGGGGCUGCAGCAAGCUGGGCGAGGCGAUUCCUGGCGGUGCCAUGGCCAACGCUGCCAGAGCCUGGAAUGGGGAGCGGGAGCCGCUGCCGGGGCGGGAGAUGGAGCUGGAGCCCUCCCGGCCCCCGCCACUACCAGGGAAAACUCGGAGGGCUCGCUGCAGCAGCCUGGACCUGGGCACCACUGGAUUACCUGCCCCCAUGCCGGACACCCCGGGGGGGCACUCGCCCCGGCCUUCCGACCCAGCCCUCAUCUACAGCAACGUGGGAGAGCUGCGGGCCCACCUAGUCCCCCACAAGGCUAGCCGAAGGGAAGGAGCUGGGAGACCCCCCUCUCAGCCUGACCGAAACCCCCUGCCCCCCCCACUGCCAAAAAAGCAGCUCCAGCGAGCGGAGUCCCUCCCGGAGCAGGGGCCAUCCCAGCACCAUCAGGGCGAUCCCACAUCAUGGGCCAGCAGCAUCCUCUACAGCACCCCACCACCCCACCUGCAGCACAAGGAGGCUCCCAGCUCCAUCCCGCCACAGGACAGACACUCCUGGGGACCCAAGAAGCCCCUGACCAAGUCCCAAAGCCUGGGAGAACCAGUGGCCUGGAGCAGCCCACAGAAAGCCCCAUCGCCCAGCCCGGCGGAGCUGACUUUCAGAACGGCAGACGGGGAGCUGGGGAAGCUCCUGCAGCUCCUGGAAAGCUCGGCUGGGGUGUGCGGGGUGGUGUUGGGGUGCCAGGUGGCCACGCUGACCCGGCUCUCAGCUCGCAUCCAGGAGGAGCUCGUGGGGCCGGAGGAGCGGCAGCAGCUGCUGGAGGCAGAGCUGGCAGGGAAGAACUGGGCAACGCUCAGCAUCCUGGACCGGGAGCCGUGCUGCGAAAGCGGCGACGCCUGGUAUUUCCGAGUGGGCUUCACUUUUGAGCAAAGCCAGCUGGUGUUUGCAGCCAAGGUCCCCAAGCCGUGCUGCACCAGCCUUGGGGUGCAGAACUCCCUCGGAGUGCACUGCAGCAUCCAGCGCCUGAUCGGCCGCUUCACCGACCACCUCCCUUGGGAGCUGGUGCUCCCGGGAAGCCCCAGGGAGCUGAGUCAGUCCCCUUCCAGAGAGAAGCAAGCCCAUCUUGCCACUCGCCCUGUCCUGAAGGUCCUCAUUUCUCCUGAGGUUCCCUACCAGACCCUGGCAGACUUUGUAAAGGAAUCCCACGGUUUGCACAGGACCAGCCCUGGGCACUACGAACGCCUGGCUUGCCUCCUGCUCCUGCAGGUGUGCAUGGGGCUGGAGCAUCUCCGAAUGCAGAACAUGGGGCAGGGAGACCUCUGCCCCGAGAACCUGCUGCUGGUGCAGUGCCCAUGCCCUCGCCGGAGCCAGCAAGGCAAGGAGGCAUCCCCGAGGCUGUCCCUUCCAAGGCUGCUAAUCAGCAGCUUCUUCAAGGUUAAAGACAAGCGAAGACCUUGUUCUACCAGCCAAGAGCAGGACUGGAGCGAGGGGCGCAGUGCACCACCCUCCCCAGUGGCAGAUGAGCUGAAUGUAGGCAUGCUCAUCUAUGAUAUUUUGCACGUGGACAUCUCUCUGGAGAACACCUUGGGGUUCAGAAGCAACAGACUUCCUGAAAUCCCUUCCCUGUCCAUCUAUUCCACGGGACUCAAGCGUCUGGCCAUGCUGCUUCUGCACAGAGAUCCUUGCAAGAGGGUCUCCAUUGAGCAGGCAAGGAGCAUCCUGCAGGUCCUGCUCUGGGGGCCUCGCCAGGAGCUCUUCGCCAGAAGCAAGAAGACCCUCACCCUGCUCCGAAGCUGGGUGGAGGUCAAGAGGGCUCUGCUGCUCCUGAAUUUUGCAGAGAAUUCAGCUGGGGCAGUGGGGAGCCCUGGCCUUGAGGAGUGGCUGUGCUGCCAGUACUUCAAGGAGGUCACCGAACACACACUCUACCAAGUCACCCAGGCUCUCUACGCUCCUUAAAGGCAAGCUGAAGCUCAGCCACCCAAAAGGUCUCCUCAAAGCCAAGAGCCCGUGAGGACCUGGCCAAAUCCACCAGUUCACAGGGAAUGCAAGCUGGUCCUGGCUGGGAAAACUGUUUGCAAACCUGAACCCGCUUCCCCCACAGCACAUGAAUGAUGAAGCUGGGAUCAAACUCCCACCCAUGGCUCCCACAACGCAACGUGUGUUUUUACACUCUCAACCAAUUUUUAUUUGAUUUUGUGAGUCCCGUUUAUUGGAGCAUCUCAGGAAAGACAGCUGGAUGGAAGCCACAGGAUCAAGUACCAAUUUAGUGGCUGAUUAUCCCGAGGAAAGUUUAUGGGGCUCAGACUUUGCACAAAGCCCCCUCAGACCCCUCCUGCAGCCACGAGGCUUUUGCUGUUUUAAAUAACAACACAAAGCCACACGUUAUGGUUCACCUUAAUGCGUUAGCAAAGGAGAAAUACAAUAACCCGAACAGCCUGCUCUUUUUAGAAACAAUUUGCAGCGUAGGCACAAAAAUAAAUGACAUUUUAAAGGGGGAAAUACAGCAGCCACACAGCUUCAAUAAAACCCAGAGCUGA